AUGGCAACCAAGCUUCCCCUCACAUUUGCCUGUGGGCCUUAUGAUCGAAUGGAGUCGCUGGCGAAAGGAGAUGUGCGGCCAGCUGGAAUUGAUUUGAACUACAUCUCAAUUGACCACCCCAGAGAUACCUUUGACCGCAUGAUAGGCGGUAUGGAAUUUGAUGUAUCAGAGAUGUCAUCUUCCGAAUACAUUUGCCGAUAUGCAAGUGGAGACAGGGAUCUAGUUGCCAUUCCAGUCUUUCCACUCAGAAGUUUUCGCCAUAACUUCAUAGCCGUUAAUACGGAUAUUAUCAAAAAGCCAUCCGAUCUCAAUGGUAAACGCAUCGGUGUACAGCUGUAUACCAUGACUGCCGCUGUGUGGAUAAGAGGUAUUCUUGCGAAUGCCGGCGUUGAUCUUUCCACCAUUACAUGGAUAGAGGGUGCCAUUGAAAAACCUGGCCCUCACGGAGAAGCAAAUCCCAAACCUCUACUGCGUCCCAUAAAACGGAUUCCAAAUGAAAACCCUUCAAAAUCACUCAGCCAGCUACUUGAGGACGGCGAAAUUGCAGCCACUAUUGGAGCCCAGUUGCCUCCAUGUUUGGGGAAAGCCAGAAAUGUUCACCGGCUGUUCCCAAAUGUCCGCCAGACAGAAAAGGAAUACUACCGAGAAACCGGCAUUUUUCCCAUUAUGCACGUUGUUGUUCUCAAGAAGGAACUUGUUGACAAGUAUCCAUUUAUUUCUACCAGUCUGUUCAACGCUAUGAACGACUCUAAAGAUAUCGCAAUGCGUCGACUAAGAUUUAGCGGAGGCUCUCGUUAUAUGCUGCCGUUUAUGCAAUCGAAUAUCCAGGAGAUUGAUGAGUUGUUUGGGGGUGAUCCCUGGCCGUACGGCUUGGAGGCAAAUCGGAAGACAUUGGAAGCUCUGGUAUCUUUCCUAUAUGACCAAGCGAUGAUACCUCGCAAAGUUCCAUUGGAGGAGCUCUUCGCGCAUACCUGUGGCCAUAACAUUAAGACUGUAUAA